AUGAUCAUCGGCUACUUGUUCAAUGCUAAGAGAUAUUCGCGAGGGCAAAUACUCGCGGUUCUAAUGCUUACUUUGGGUGUUGUCACUGCUGCUUUAGCAGAUGCCAAGGCUAAAGGCCAGUCUAUGAAUGUUGAAAGCACUUCUGCAACCACGACAUUGGUUGGGUUCACCAUCCUUGCUCUAGCGAUGAUACUCUCGGCUUUCCAAGGGAUAUAUGCGGACAGGCUCUACGCAAAGUACGGCCGAGACCACUGGAAAGAAGCUCUGUUCUACUCUCACACCCUAUCACUGCCGCUAUUUUUACCCGCUUAUGCACAACUUGUGAGCCAGUGGCGGAUGCUUUUCUCGACAUAUCCCCCAACUUCUGGGCCUGAGAUUUUGGGCAUGACCGGAAUGGGUCCUCUGAGCCAUGCAUCAUCGGCCGGUCUUGAAGGCAUCAGUUCCUCGGAAGAGUCGUGCGAGGGAUGGCGUUUUGCGUCAAUACCCGGCGGUAUAUCACGGCAGAUCCCGAUUCUGAAGGAUAUUUUUCAAUUGCACUCAAUAUUCACGUGUGUCCCGACACGUGUAAUCUACCUUCUGAUUAAUGCGCUGACGCAGUACUUGUGCAUACGAGGAGUCCAUCGCCUCUCCGCAAAGUCAUCUUCUUUAACAGUCACCGUUGUUCUUAAUGUUCGGAAGCUUGUUUCUCUUCUCCUCUCCAUCUAUCUGUUUGGGAAUGCCCUUUCACCAGGUGUGCUCAUAGGCGCGUUGUUUGUGUUCAUAGGCGGCGCCUUAUAUGGCAUUGAGGGUGCGCGCCCCAAGGUUAAAACUGCUAAAAACGAUUAA